GCGCGAUCACGUAAGGCUUGUACGAUGUGGACGAGCAGCCAGUGUUGUUGUCAUUACUUAAAAUUCCUCAUGGGGGCGACAGAAACUACGCACUUUAGCUUUAACUGUAAAGUGUGGUCUCUUUAUUCAAAUGGCAAGACAUUUAGCAUUUUUAAAUUCAAUUUGCAACUUUUGUCAUUCAAUUUCAUGCAUUUUGCAUUUGACAAUUUAAUAUGCAAAGUGGGAAUGCAAUCCUCAACUCAUUUUGAAUUAUUCUGACAAACAAUUUGAAUGAAAGCUCAAUCUAUUGCAUUUUAUAUUGCAAUGGUGUUUGGGGUCUCUAUAAACAGUGCCCCCAGUCUAUUGCAUUACAUUUAUUUACUUGGUCACCGCGACCAUUUGGUCUCUUUAUUAAAAUGUAUAAGGCGGGUCUUCAGUUAUGACAUCACCCAUUUAUUCAGCGACAAACAGCCAGGGGAACUACCUGGUUCCUGUAUGUUGUGUUCAUCUUACAGCAGCAGGUGUGGCCUGCCUCUGUCGCCAGUAUCGUCACACGAUCACAAACUUACUACUGGGGAUUUUCAGGUCGCAUCUCAUGGGUACAGCGGUGAAUAUGCUUGUAUAAUAAUAAGCACCACAUCACAGCCACCUACGAAAAAAUAAAUUGAACAAAAUAUAAUCGUUGAAAGAUUGCGUCAAGCUGGUAAACUCAGAGCAAAGCUCAAAUAACGCUGUAUUGCAAGCCCUUUAAGGUAUGUUUUACUUUGCAUAUGUACACAAGGAAGGAGAAUGACUGUAAAUCAUUCAAGUCCUUCAGAACAUGUUGCUAGAAUAUUAGCAUUUGUGUUUUACUUUUCCUGGCUCAGUGGCUCGGUGUUAGCAAUUGUGUAUUUAGGCAGUAUUGUCUGAAGCUGAGAAGUCAUACAGGUGUACUAAUCAUAGACUGUUAAUAAAGUCUAUGGUACUAAUCCAUCAUACCGACUAGGGUUUGAACUAAAAUUAUAUAUUCUUAUUUUGAAGUGAGAAGCCACUCACAUGCUCUACACACAACCGCGCAGUAUAGCAUUCGCUACAGUGCUGUGAGAUGGGCUAGGUGCUGCAGGAAAAACAUGCAAAGUCUGUGCGUCUGUGCAUGCAUUCAGUGACAGUGAUAAUAUUCAUUUUCAUCUAUUAACUGUUAUUUAAACAGUGUGUCUGGCAGUGAUAUUCAUUUUAAACUGGAUAGAGCAUUUUUUUCAAGUAUUCAGAUUGAUUUACUGAAGUAAAAGUAGCAAAACCUUUGGAAAACUAUUGGAAUACUGCCUCUGAAUACUCUGAAUACUUUACCCCUUUUAACCCUGCUGGCUCUGCAUGGUCCUGUCGUGCCAAACGUGGCCUCACCUGACUCUGUUUUUCCCCGUUUGGCCCUCUUUAGAUUUAUUUAGCCUCUGGACUGCCUGGCUCUUUUUAGCACCUUUUGGUCCUGCAUGGGUCUGUGAAGCCCAGGUGCCCUGUCUGGCUGUUAUUAGCCCAGUGUUGGCCCUGCAUGGCUUUCCAUAUCUCUCUAUGGCUCUGUCUGGGUCUGUUUAGCCCCGUGUGGCCCUAUACUUGGCUCUGUUUGGUCCUGUUGGCCCUGUCUGGCUUUGAUUGACCCUGGGUGUCCUGCCUGGCUCUUGCUAGCUGUGCAAGGCUCUGCGUGGAUCACUUCAUCCCUCUUUUAGACCCGACUGGCUCAGUUUGGCCUGGUUUGGCACUGCUUAGCUCUGUGGUCUACAUUCUACUGAGCUUCACACUAAAAAAGCUGCAGAACAAGAGGAGGAGGAGGAACCUCCGAUGUUCCUAUUGGUUUUGAGUUUUUCAGGCUCACUCUGAUUGGCUGGCAGAGCGAGAGCAGGGAAUCCCUCAGGGCUCUGUCUGUCUUUGUCUCAGUUUAAAAGCACAAACAGUCCAGCCAGGCCUCGCUGCUCCAGGUAGUCCUCCAGUCGGCUGAAGACCAGGCCUGAAUCCAAAGCCUGGUCUGUUGCAGAGAGCCAACAGUGCAGUUGCUGUUUUCAAGACCAUAAAUCUCCCUGAAUACUGCCAGUCUGCCGCUACAUGGUCUGAGGCUGUAAAAUAGGAGGUACCUGUAAUAUUUAGCCAAGCACAGUGAAUACAUUGUUCAGCAAAGUCAGAAAGAGAAACGGAGGUGAUUGAGCGCUGCUGUUUUACUGAGGUAAAAAGUGUCGAGAGACUUAUCGGUUUCCUUUCAGCGGCGUGUUGGAGCAGGAGGUGAAGAAACCAUCUGAGUUCAUGUUGCAGAGGGUGCAGAAGGAGAGCCGGCAACAGGACGAGUCAAGAGGGAAGAUUGGAGGAAAAAAACAAAAAGCAGGAGUCCACAGCUGAAGAGGAGAAGAGGAGAAAGGAAUGAGAUGAAAGUCUAGACAGUUAAAUUGCAGUGGGCUGUGGAGAGCCGGCGGAGCAGAGCGGCAGCAGGGGCGACUGUGGGCGGGGAGAGAGGAAGUGUGGUCGACAGGAGGAGGAAUUUAAGCCCCCAUUGUUCUGAAAGAGCAGAGGCAGAGAGAGAGCCGAAGAGUCCAACAGCCGACAGACGCUGGACAACAUGGACGUGAGCUCAGCCAUGGAGAAGAUGUCUGUAAAGCAGAGUGCAGGAGGUGCAGCGGUGUGUCACGUAUGUGAGGAGAGCUGCUCUGGAUUUCAGCCACAUUCUUGGAGGAAAGCAUGUAUCGCCUGCGGCUGCAGCGCGGUCGACCACGCUCCUGGAAGUGACGUGGAAGAUGACCAGAGAAUGGGACGCCUGUUCGCAGACUCACCCUGCUCCCAUUUGACAGCGAAGGUUAAAGGAGGCGGCGGCCUUCGCAUCUACAAGAGGAACCGUAUGAUUGUGACCAAUCCGGUGGUGUCGCGCAAAGACCCCACCUUCAACACCACGACGUACGUCUGGGCGCCGGCCGGCCUCAACCAGACACUGGCCAUGCAGUACAUGGAGCUCAUCCCAGACAGUCUACGUCCCAUCUCGGGGACAGAUGGAGCAUUGGAGCGACGCAGGCAGCUCUUCAGUCAGCUCCCUGCCUACGAUCAGGACCCCAUGAAGUGUCAGAGCCUUGCCAGUGAGGACGAGAUGUGUUCCAUGCUGCUGUUUGUGAAGAGCUACAAACAGGAGGUGCUGGGAGUUGGGGAGGUGGCCUUACCUGGUGAGGGCGGAGCUCUGAGGGAAGCAGCCAAUCAGAGGACAGCAAAGGAAGCCAAGGAACGCAGCAACAUUGAGACAAAGGAUGCUCUGCAGCACCAGGACCACGGCUCGACCAGCAGCAGCACUGCCUCUGCUACUGGCUCCACUAACGGGACAGAUGACAGCACUAAGACUGGAUAUCGGUGCACUGGUUGCCAUGGUGAUGUUGCCAAAGAGAGUCCAGCUGUUUAUGCUGAGCGUGCAGGUUACCAUAGUGCCCUGUGGCACCCAACCUGCUUCGUAUGUUCAGAGUGUGGCCAGGGAUUGGUGGACCUCGUCUACUUCUGGUCCAAUCAGAAGCUGUUCUGCGGACGACACUACUGUCAGACGGUGUGGCCGCGGUGCUCAGGCUGCGAUGAGUUGAUCUUCUGUCAGUCUUUUCACACGGCAAAAGAUGGACGCACGUGGCAUCAUCAUCAUUACUGAGGCUGGAGGUGUGGACAAGACCUCCAUGCACCUUGUCAGCACUAAGACACUCACUCUAUAUAGUGUCCGACACAAUAUGGUGUUCAGUUUUAAGACGGUUUAGUACUAAAACAGAAUUACAAGGAUGGGACAAGACAAAAUAAAAACAGUAAAUCUAAUAUGGGAUGGCCUCUAGCUCACCCAGUAAGAGCGUGCGCCCCAUG